AUGUCUCGACCACCCCUACCGCCUCCUCCUCCUUUAGCGUUAGGAAAAAUUCUGUACGAGCUAAGACUCCUAGCUAUCCUAUUAGAAGCUUUAGCAUCGGAGUCGAGGUUGAGUUUCUUCUAUAACCUCCCCGGUAGACAUCCACGUAUGUAUAAUGCGAUAGAUGAAUCCUACUUAGGGCCUAGGUUUGCCGAAUGGUCCCUUGACUUAGAUUCGACAAUUGAAAUGCCGAAGAAAGGCCGUGCACUAUAUAAGUAA